CUGUCUGUCAGUCCCAAGUGCCAAUCACUUCAUCAAACGGAUCUAACAUACUUUUGUAGUUUUUGUUUUGGAUUUUUAAUAAGUACUGAAGUAGUAUAUGUUAUAGAAAAUAUAGUAUUUUGUAAUGUCAGAUUGUGGAGAGCAACAAAGUCUUCUUCAGAAAGAUGUUUCUGUCAGAGAUAGACAAAGAAAAAGACAUAACUAUGAUAGGCACAACAUGUUUAAUACUAGUGAAUUGUAUUCUGAUGAAGAACAUUGGGAUGAAACCGAUUCUAGUAGUUGCUGUUCGUAUUACAGUGAUUGCCAGUCAAGUAGUUCAGUUAUUGAAUGGGAAACUGAAGUUACUCCUGAAGGUGAUCUGUUCUACAUCGAGUCAUUUAUUCAGCCAAGGUAUCAUCAUAAGCAACCUAUUGUAGAAAAUACCGCUUCAAAAGAUGAGGAAGUACAACACAAAGAUGAAGAUAAGAGGAAAGUCACAACAAAAGGAAAACUGGUCCGCUUGAUAAGGAGGCGGAGUAGCAGAAGAAGCACUCGAAAGAAGACAACUGAGAAUUUAAAUCAAGAUGAUAAUGAAGCAAACAGUCGGAGUGGAAAUAAAGUCACGUUUAGAGAAUCUCAGGAAGGAGAGUGUAGAGAGGUAACCCUUAGUGUCACACAAGAGGACAACAAUUUGGGUCGCAGAGCUACUCCUGCUGAGAAUCUACUUGGACUUAUUUUGAGCACAUUUUCUGACAAGACACGAAUCAUGGUUGCCGGUUUCAUUCCAAAUAGCCAAGCUUCCAAAAAACGGAACAUCAAAGUUGGGGAUUGGUUAAAAAGUAUCAAUGGAGAAGAUAUCACCAAUGACACAAUAAAUUUGGUGUUGAAUAAAAUUACACCACCUUGUGAGGUUGUCUUGAAACUGCAGAGAGUUGCGGAGUGUGAUGUGACUCAGCCAUCCUUGUCACAUGGUGUACAUAACAAGGUAACAAUUACACAGUCAGAGCUAGUACAGCAGAUAGUGAGUGGGAACAGUGACUGUGAGAGAAUGGCGUAUUGGGUGGUAUAUGCUACACAGGAGGGGGUAACUGAGUGUGGACCUGCAGACCAGGGAUUACUCUACCACUUUCCCCGUCAGGACAAUGUGUUGAGUGCAGCCCGAGGUUCCUUCAUCACCAUCAACCACCUCCUGCCAGAGCUUACUACCUCCUCGCCCAUCAGCACCAGUAUCACAUAUGAAGGGCAACUAAUUCAUGUCAUUUACACCUCUGAGAACAAAGAGCUGUUAUUGUUAGCUGUCCCAGCGUCAAGGUGCACCUUAAAAGAAGCAGUUCUGUUGAACAAUGCAGUUAUACUGUAUCUUAGAUUUGUACAUCAAACUUUGUCAAGUAUUUUAUUUUUAGGUGUUUUUUCUAAUAAAGAAAAUCAUUGUGCUCUGGACAGAGUUUUUUCUCUGGUGCAGACUUUAUACCUGAGUUCUUCUGAUUUUUCUUUACAAAGAUUUGAAGCUCUGUUGCCUGCAGCCCAUUUAAUAGCACUGCCUCGAGAUGCUCAGGUUCAAAUUGAUGAUGCACUUAGUGAGCUAGAGUCAAAUGAUUUUGGAGGAUAUAAUGAUGAUGAGGAUUGUCAACGUUUAUACUCCAUAAUUGGGUCAUGUUUAUUUUACAAGGGUUAUCUUCUAGCCUCCCACAUGACCAGAGAGGAUCUGAUGGACGUCAAUGCAUUCUGUCGCCACAAUGGUCUGUUGUCCUUAGGCAGAGUAGAGAGUGUAAGAAAUGUUGUGGUGUGGAAGGAGGUAUACCCCGCAUCCUGUAACAGAGGACUGCCUACCCUUACACUCACUUACUUCCUUCCUCAAGGGCGCUGGUUUCUGCUUCUGGUGGGCCAGGAGGAAUCUUUAUUAGCAGUUCUCUUGGAAUCAGGUGGAUGUACUGUUAAAAUUGAAGGAAAUCCUGGUCCAGAGCCAAUAUUUGUGAAACAAGCUCAAGCCACUCUCCAACAUAUGAAAGAGAUAGAAGUGCUGUCCCUGGCAGAGAAAUGGAUACAAAACGAAUGUAGACUCCAGACAAUGUGCCCAGACAGUCAGUGCAAGUCACCACCUCGGGACCUCUCAGUCAACACUUCCUGUCCACCUGACUUCUCUCCCAAGUCAACACCAAGUCCUGGGCCCAAAACAAGAAAUCUCAAGAAACAGUCCCCGCAUGGUGGAUCAUCAAUCUUUGUGAAGAAAGACUUGUCCUUUGAAGGCAUCGAUAUCUCGUCCUUCUGUCAAGAUAAUAUAUGUGAGGGUGCAGCAGCUAGGCUACUUAGCCUUAAUCUUGUUAUUCUUAGCAUCUACCGUACACCACUGAUACUGGCAACCGGUCAGUACGGAAAUAGUGUCUCAACUAUUUCACACCUUAGCAACUCUAAAAGCGAAGAUGUGUUUGGUCUGUCAAACUAUGUUGUAAAAACUGUUGGCCAGUACGAGACGUCUGAGGACUCAACCAGUCAGGCAGCAAGCAGUGUAGUCAGUGAUGAGGGUGCACCAAUAUUAGGCCGCCGUGCCGAGAGAGAACGUGAUAGACUUUCUGAUUCUGAUUUCUCGGAUGACUCAGACUGGACUCCUUUUAAGGAGCAAGGAGGAUUUGGUAGCAGAUUAUUUGAUUUAUCCGAUUUGGGGAAAAAUCUUCUUUCAGAUAUUGAGUAUUCAUUGCCAAUGAGGCUUACUGCUGGAGAACAAAACACCCUGUUCUAUUAUGUCCAUUUGGAUUGUACUGAAGGUGUACUUCUGUGCUCUCCAACAAGUUCAAACUCUGGCCGCCUAAAAUUGAUACUGGACAACUUUCGAAUGAUGGCACCAUUGAUUCAUGAUCUGUUACAAAAUACAAUGAGAUUCAAGAAGUUAAAAGUCCAGGAAGUUUCUGAUUGUUUGAUAAACAAAACAUUAAUUGCAAACAAGGAACAUGCCAUGUUGUUUGAAUGUCCACCUGCUAAGAAUGAAUCAUCAAAAAAGUUGGCGUCUCUGACCUACUGGGUAGUUGGGAGAUUAUUUUUCAUGCCACAGCCUCGUGAAGUUUACAUCUGUUAUCAAGAUUUAGCUCCCCAAAAUCUUGUGGAAAUUGCUUUCAGGCUUGCAUUAAGUGCCUCAGGAUAUAAAUUAGGUUAAAAAGUAUUAAUAUAAGAUUUUGUGAAUAGUGAUUUGGGAAAAAUUGACCAUCUGUUUAACUUUUUUAUUGUGAAUUUUAUGAAAAAUUAAUAAUUGGUAACAAAGUUGACAUUUAAGAGAUUAAAACUGCUCAAUACAAAAAUUAAAUAAAAAUUAGUAAUAGAUAUUUAAUAUAUGAUGCAAAAGAACAAAAUAUUAGUUAGGUAAUUAUAAUUGUAGGUAAGAAAAUAUUUUGACCUUGUGUUUAACAUGGAAUCAAAACUUUUAAACUUAUUUUAUUGUCGUACUUAUAAGCAUUUCAACUUUGCCUUCUUGUCUGUGAUAAAUUAGUAGUAUUAGUAUAAUAGAUUUGUAAGUCUAAGCUGGGGUAAAUAAUUUUUAUGGUUUAAAACAUACAUCUCCAGAAGGAUACAUUAAAAUUACGUUCCAUAGUGGAACAGGGCGUGGGGUGCA